AUGACCUUCGCCAUGCUGCGCGCGGCGCCUCCGGGCCGCUACCUGUGCCCCGAGGUCAGCAUACUGUCAGAGGACGAGGACAACGGCAGCGAGAGCUCAGGCUCGGACGAGAAGCCCUGCCGUGUGCACGCGGCGCGCUGCGGCCUCCAGGGCGCCCGCCGGCGGCCCGGGGGCCGGCGGGCUGGGAGCGGCCCGGGACCUGGAGGGCGCCCAGGCCGGGAGCCCAGGCAGAGGCACACGGCGAAUGCGCGCGAGCGGGACCGCACCAACAGCGUCAAUACAGCCUUCACAGCGCUGCGCACGCUCAUCCCCACGGAGCCCGCCGACCGCAAGCUCUCCAAGAUCGAGACACUGCGCUUGGCCUCCAGCUACAUCUCGCACCUGGGCAACGUGCUGCUGGUGGGAGAGGCCUGUGGCGAUGGGCAGCCAUGCCACUCGGGGCCUGCGUUCUACCACCCGGCGCGUGCGGGAAGUCCACCGCCGGCGGCACCACCGCCGUCCCGGGACAGCGAGAACGCGCAGCCCAAGCAGAUCUGCACCUUCUGCCUCAGCAACCAGAGAAAGCUGAGCAAAGAACGGGACAGAAAGAUGGCGAUUCGGAGCUAG